GUCUAUCAUUGUUUGUCGUCGCGAAGAACUCUAUAAAUGGGCGUCGUAUUGAGAAUAUGAAAGCGCGUGAACGUAUGCGCAGAGCUAACGAAGGACAAUACGAGGACAUUUACAGGAAGCUUUGAAAGUUCGAGUUAAAGGUAUAUUUUCUUGAAAUUAGUUUAAGAUGGCCGUUCCAUUGCUCGACCCUGCCAAGUUGCAGCUCGUCCAGGAGUUGGAGAUAGAAAUGAUGUCCGAUAUGUACAACCGACUGGUUAGCGCCUGUCAUCGGAAAUGCAUCCCCGUUAAAUACCAUGAACCUGAAUUAGGUAAAGGAGAGUCAGUAUGUCUUGAUCGUUGCGUAGCCAAAUAUCUCGAUGUCCAUGAGCGUAUCGGGAAGAAGCUAUCCAACAUGUCUCAAGGGGAGGCCGAGGCUGAUUUGACCAAAAUCAACUUACAAGACAAGAAGUAGUUGAUAUAUGCAAACCAUAGACAACAAUUUUGUCAUACCAAAAAGGUUCCAUUGUUUUUGGACUUCUUUUUUCUUAUUUUGUUAAUUAAUAUUAAUACAGUAUCAAUAAAUAACAGCUGUUGUAUUACGGAAUUAUUGUUUCUGUUUUCUUAAUUUACAGAUACGAAAGUUUUUAUAAAACUCAGUGUCUAAUAACUUGCACAGAGAUGCAUUUCAGUACUUGUUUAUUAUAGUUGUAUAUUAGUUUGUAGAAAUAAAACUAUGAAACAUA